AUGGCAAAAUCAGUUAUAUGUUCAUUACAUACAAUUAAUCAAAAUGUUGGUAAACUAGCUACCAGAUCUUUCUCCACAGCAGCUAGACGUCCAAUUCCUAACUCAAUAUAUGCUCAAAGUUUAAAAUCCUCUUCAUUUUUCAGAAAUAAGAAAAGUUUCCAUGCAACUUCAAGAGCAUUGGCUGUACAAGAUCCAUAUAAGGCAUUAGGUGUUGAUAAAUCUGCAAGUGCUUCUGACAUUAAGAAGGCUUAUUACAAAUUAGCGAAAAAGUAUCAUCCAGAUAUAAAUAAAGAAGAUGGUGCAGAAAAGAGAUUCCAUGAUAUUCAAGGUGCUUAUGAAAUCUUGUCAGAUGCCGAAAAGAAACAACAAUAUGAUCAAUUCGGCUCUGCAGCAUUUGAUCAAAAUGGUAAUAGUGCUUAUGGAGGUGGAGGAGGUAAUCCAUUUGGAGGUGGUAGUCCAUUUGGUAAUGCUCAAGGAUUUGGAGGUUUUGGUAACAUAAAUUUUGAAGACUUGUUUGGUUCAGCAUUUGGAGGAGCUGGAAGAGGCCGUGGUGGUGGUCGUGGUGGGUCAUCAUAUGUCACCGAAUACAGAGGUGAUGAUAUUGAAGUUGUCAAAUAUUUGACUUUCAAAGAAGCCAUAUUUGGUGUUCAAAAUACAAAAGUUAAUUAUAGUGUUUUGGAUAGCUGUGGAACUUGUAAAGGUUCUGGUUUGAAAGAAGGUAAAAAGAAAUCAACAUGUUCAGCUUGUGGUGGUACCGGUUCAACUGUUCAUUAUAUGCAAGGUGGGUUCCAAAUGGCAUCUACUUGUAUGAGUUGUGAAGGUUCGGGUGUUUCUAUCAAUCCAAGCGAUGCAUGUGGUUCAUGUCGUGGUGAUGGUGUUUCCCAAGCUAAUAAAUCUACUGAAGUUGAUUUACCACCAGGUUUAAGUGAUGGUAUGAGAUUAAGAGUUAGUGGUGAGGGUGAUGCUCCAAAAGUAACCACUGGACCUGGAAUCCGUAUUCAAAAAGGUGAUUUAAUCAUUAGAAUGAGAGUUAAACCAGAUCCAAGAUUCAAAGUUAGUGGAUCAGAUAUCAUUUGUAAAACAAACAUUCCAUAUACAACAGCUGCAUUAGGUGGGCAAGUGGAGAUUCCAACCGUUGAUGGCCCUUCAGUUAGAUUAAGAGUUCCUUCAGGUACAGAAACUGGUAGUACAUUAUCCAUUUCUGGUAAAGGUGUUCCAAUCCGUAACAAUAUCAAUAACCGUGGUGACUUGAAAAUUGAAUUCACAGUCAAGAUUCCAAAACCAGAUGGCGCUGCACAAACAGCUCUGCUGGAAGCAUUAGCUGAUUCUAUUGGUGAUAAUAACGCUAAACGUACCAAUAUUGAUUGGAAAGCAAGCUCAAAUGCUGAUUCAACAUCAGACAAAUGUUCAAGUGACCAUCCAUCCAACUUGAAAAAAAUUGAAAACUUCCUAAGUGAUGCAUUCAAACGCAUAACAAAGAACAAAGAUGACAAAUGA